AUGGGGAUCAAUUCAAAUGGGAUGAAUAUGAAGAGUGCAGAUUUAAUUCCUUCCGAAUGGCAUGAAAAAUUCAUUACAUUUUUAAAAAAAGAAAAUAAAGUAUUAGAAACAUUUUUAGAUGAUAAAGUAAUAGAAUCUAUGGAAAUGGAGUUUGAUGAUUAUUAUGAUUAUGGAAAAGAUGAUACUAAAGAUGAUGACGAUGAUUCUGAUGAUGGAGAUGAAAAUGAUUCUGAUGAUACCGACGAUGAUGACGAUAAUGAUAAUAAUAAAUCGAUAAGUGAAAUAAAAAAUUUGGAUCAUCUAGAAUUAAGGUCUCGUUGGCCGAAAAAUCAUCCAAUGUUUGAUACAAGAAUCAAUAUGUAUCCAAUUGGGAAUAUGAAAAAUCUCGAGUAUUUGAAUAUCGAUUGUGAUUAUGGUGUUAGAGAUGAAUUUUUGAUUAAUCUUUGUAACAAUGCUAAAAAAUUAGAGCUUUUAACUAUAACUGGCACAUAUAUAACUGAUAUUGGUAUGAGCGCAGUUAAUAAUUUAGAACAAUUAGAAGAGUUCAAUCUUGUACUUAAACUUGUUGAAAACUUACCAAAUUUAACAGAUUUAUCUAUUAAAAAUACAAAGGUAACUCGUCAAGCUUUCGAAAAAAUAUAUAAAUUAACAAAACAACGUAAAAAACCAUUGAAAGUACAUCAUUCUUUUAAAAAUAAUGAUUGA